AUGGGCAGUCGCAGAAAGAAGAGGGAAGAAGAAGAAGAACCUCCUCCUUCUCUUUCGGAAGAUGAUGCUGAUGGUAGCGACUCCCCAAGUGAAGAAGGGUCCAAAACAGAAGUGGACUCUUCACAUUACGAGCAAGCCAGGAACCAAAGGAUCAAAGAGAACAUGGAGAGAAUGCAAAAGCUUGGCUUGUUCGACUUGUCUCUCAAGCUCAAACCCCCAAAAGAAAACCAUCUCCCCAAGAAGAAGAAGAAGAAGACCAUCCCCCAACCCAACAAUUCGCCCCAGAGACGCUCUUCCAGAAUAAUGAGCCUGGUACCAAUUGACUAUUCUGAAGGAAAGCUUCCUGACCCCGGAAGUAAAGAAAAUGAAGUAGAGAUUUUUAUACCAGAAGGUACAAACCCUGAAGUUUACACUGAAGAGCAUGAGAAGCUUCUGGGAGACUGUGAGAGUACUUGGGAAUUGUGUGUGGAUGGAUAUGAUGAGGAUGGGAACCGUAUGUAUGAUCCAAUCAAAGGACAGACCUGCCAUCAAUGCAGGCAGAAAACUCUAGCCCAGCAUACUAAUUGCAACAAAUGCGAAUUACUCCAAGGGCAAUUUUGUGGAGACUGCUUAUACAUGAGAUAUGGAGAAAAUGUAAUAGAAGCCAACCAUAACACCAAAUGGGUUUGCCCUCCUUGUCGAGGAAUUUGCAAUUGCAGUCGUUGCCGCAGGGGAAAAGGUUGGAUGCCUACUGGCAACAUAUAUAGUAAGGUGUCAAAGCUGGGUUUCAAAUCUGUGGCUCAUUAUCUGAUUAAAACACGCCUUACUGAGUUGGGAAGCUCAGAUGCUGAAGAAAUAUCAGAGACAUCUGCGGAUACCACACUGAAUAUACAAACUCGCACCAGGGCAUCAAAGAAGAGGGUUUAG